AUGAAAAAAUGAAAAAAAAAUAAAAGUCAAGAAGAUAGGCAUUGGCACAUGCUACUAAUGAGCGUAUGAUAAAUAUGUGAAAGCAUUUGGCAAAUGGGAAAAGUUUCGGUAUAUUUCUCGUUUCAUAGUGAGCAGAAUUUAGGUGACCAAAUGGGAAAAGUGGAAGCCACAGAUGUAGCAGUAGAAACUGAUCCAAAACAGGGAGGAGAAGCAGUGGUCUCAUUUCCUCCGGUAGCACAAGCAGGAGGAGUGUCGCUUGCACCGCCUACUUUCGUAGGAAGCCCAUGGAGUACAGGCUUGUUCGACUGCCAUGAAGACAAAACAAAUGCCGUUAUGACUUCAUGCUGCCCCUGCGUGACAUUUGGUCAGAUUGCAGAAGUCCUAGAUGCUGGAGAACUGACUAGUCCUGUGGGCACUUUCAUUUACCUCUUGAUGAUGCCUGCUCUCUGCUCUCAAUGGAUCAUGGGGUCCAAAUAUAGAACAAAACUGAGAACCAGAUAUGGUCUAGUUGAAGCACCUUAUCAAGAUGUAUUCUCUCACAUCUUCUGCUCCUGUUGUUCACUUUGUCAGGAAUUUCGAGAGCUCAGGAACAGGGAUCUUGAUCCUGCUUUAGGCUGGAAUGGAAUCCUCGCUCGACAACAAGGAAUGCAGUAUGGAUAUCCACAUGCAACAAAUCCUCCCUCUGUUCAGUCCAUGUCCAAGUAAAGAUUGUCAGAUUUCAUUGUUUGAUACAUUGUUGACUCUGAAUUCUCUACCAUAAGAAAGUCUACGAGUUGUGUGCGUGUGUGAACUGUAAACAGAAUAAGGUCGGUCUAAGCGUGAAAGUGUAAAUCUUUUUGCAGUAAACAUUUGUGUUGUUUGUUACAACUUGGAGGCCGGCUCUUUUUACCAGCAGACAAACUAUGGAUUAACGUCCCUUUAGAGCUCGUUUCGAGUUGA